UACAAAUAAUGGGAAAGGAAACAAAAGAAACGAAAAGAUUAUGAGUGAAACGCAACAAUCAAUCAAUUACCAUUAAGAUUUCAAACAUCUAAAAUCAUAAAUCAAUUUAAUUAAUUGAUUCACUUUCUUUUCCGAUUUCCUAGUUCUAAGCUCAUCAAUUCUUCUCCUCUCUCUUAUUUUCGAUUGUUCUUUAUUAAUUACUGCUCGUCUACUCGGCUGAAGGCGGCGGUGCGACACGGAGGCUGAAGGCGGCGGCGUGACGCUGAGGCUGAAGACGGCUACGCGACGUGGAGGCUGAAGUAAUCAGUAUUAGGUUAGCAUGCAUAGUGUCCGUGGAACUCUGUUGUUGUUAUGGAGAAACCGAAGCCAAUGCCGAAGCUUGCAUACAAUAUCCAAUGAAACAGUGAGUGAAACCCUGAAGAGAAAGGUGGCUGAUUUAGAGAAAAAGAGGAAGACAAGAAAUCCGAAGAAAACCGAGGUUUUUGUGGAAGUUCCGGAGUCCUUGUCGUUUCUCGACACAACUAGCAUGCCAAUUAUGCUUACCGCUGUUGGGGUUGCUCUUUUUGCAAAGCUUCUAAUGAUGUAUGAUGAGUCAAGAUCUCAAGAAUUGAUUGAGCGCAAGGUACAGAAUUCUCCUCCUGAACAAGGAACGGUUAGGAUGCUCACGCGUGAGGAGUGGGAGGAAAUUCGAGAAGUGAGGCCUAGGACACCUUUUGAGUCAAAGCUUGCUCGACCUAAUGCACGAAUAAGGACAGGAGGCGCAGUGAAAAAGGAGGAUAUGAAGGACUGGGGAAUCGAUGUCCUUAUGGAUGCUGUUACGCGGGUGGAAGAAAGUGUUAAACAUAAUUCGAGAUGAUAAACAAGAUUACAUCUCAUAUAAAGAGCAGCAAUAAUUUCACUCUUAGCUCAAGAACUAGCUAUGGUACGUUUGAAAUCGAGUUUAUGUAAAUUUGACAGAUGAAUUAAUUAUUUUCGAAGUGAUUUAUUACUCUGCCUCAUAAAACUUAGAUAUGCAAUUUUGUUAAGCUAUUGCUCACCUGUUAAUCUCCAAAUGUACAUCUCAAUUUCAAGUUCUCAUCACAAAUAUGAAAUAUGUGAUACAAAGUGGAUUGUUUACUCCUUGUUUUAUGUACGUCAAGCCUAUGUGAUUGGUUUCUUAUAGGUAGAACAAAUUCAUUUCGUUCUAAUGAAUUGUCAAAUUUAUUCUUAAUUUCGUUCUGAUGAA